ACGACUCGACUCGCAGCGAACCUCACUCACGCGCCCGACUCGCUCUCCUACACACACACACACUCUCCCACUCCCACUCUACCUCCCGGCCCCACAGCCGUCGGGGCACCUGCAUGGCCGACCACCACACCCGGGCCCGACCCGCCGGCGGCGAUCUCCGCCCGCCGGAGCCGCCGCUCGACCCGUUCGAGUUCCUCUCCCGAUCCUGGAGCGCCUCCGCCGUCGACGUCCCGCGCCCGCGGCCCGGCGCCCCGCCGUCGCCGGCCCUCGUCGGGCCCAUCGCCGAGGACGCCGCCUGCGAGCUCGACGACGGGGCCGCCACCGCGGGCAGCUCCUUCUCCUUCGCCUCCGCCGCCACCUCGCAGUUCAUCAUGGAGCGGAUCCUCGCGCAGUCGGAGGUGGCGCCGCUCACGUCCGGCCGGCUCUCGCACAGCAGCGGCCCUCUCACCGGCGGUGGCUCCCUCACCGACAGCCCGCCGGUCUCGCCGGAGAUUGAUGACUCGCAGUACUGCAGAGUGGGAACGCCGAAGCCACAGGCAUACCGAGGCGGCAGCAAGACAGUAGGCCGGUGGCUCAAGGACAGGAAGGAGAAGAAGAAAGAGGAGACGCGAGCUCACAAUGCGCAGGUCCAUGCCGCUGUUUCAGUUGCAGCGGUGGCUGCUGCGGUUGCGGCUGUCGCUGCUGCCACUGCUGCAGCCUCAGGAUCCGGCAAGGAUGACCGCGCAGCCCGUACCGACCUUGCUAUGGCUUCCGCCGCGACACUUGUGGCUGCACAAUGUGUCGAGGCUGCUGAGUCCAUGGGAGCUGAGCGUGAGCACUUGGAGGCGGUUGUUAGUUCGGCAGUGAAUGUCAGGACACCCGGAGACAUCGUCACGGUCACAGCUGCCGCGGCUACUGCAUUGCGAGGUGCAGCCACAUUGAGGGCAAGGGCUUUGAAGGAGGUGUGGAACAUCGCGGCGGUGAUCCCGGUGGAAAAGGGGACAAUGGGAGGAGGAGGAGGGGGGCACCAUCAGAAGCAGCAGAAUUUGCCAAAGCAGCAUCGGAAGCUGGAGAGCAACGGCAGCAGCCUCAGUGAUCUUUCGCUCGAGGAGGAGAACACCUUCCUCGGCGUGUGCAGCCAAGAACUCCUCGUUCGCGGCACUGAGCUCCUUAAGCGCACACGGAAAGGCGCACUGCAUUCGAAGGUUGUGUCAGUGUACAUCAACAGAAUGGGCCUGGUUGCUCUCAAAAUGAAGAGCCGGCAUGUUGCAGGAACAAUCACCAAGAAGAAGAAAAGCGUGGUGAUAGAUGUUUGCAAGGACGUCGCUGCGUGGCCAGGCCGGCACCUUCUGGAGGACGGUGAGCACCGCCGUUACUUUGGCCUUAGGACGGCCGACCACCGGGUGAUCGAGUUCGAGUGCACCAGCCAGAGGGAGUACGAGCUGUGGACCAAGGGCGUAGCGCGGCUCCUCAGCAUCGCUGGCGAGCGGAAACGUCCCCUGUGAGACCUGCCGACGCUGGUCUCUGUUGGCUGGACUCCGGAGCCAUCUGUUUGCUAGGCUGUAGAUGUGAAGUGAGGGAAACAACAAAAUGGCAUGGGCUAUUGGGUGUACCUCUUGUCCCACAAGAGAAUUAUGUAGCUAGGGCUUGUUCAUGUUGCUGUUGUGUUGUUAGGGCUGGAGUUAAAUUAAAUGCGGUGUGUUUAUGUGCAUGUGGGGAAUGCAAUGCAUGGGGUUCCAUCCCUCAUCGGAAGCUCAUGGUAAGAAGAGAAGGGGAGGGGAGUGAAAGUUCUUUCUUCGCUCUGCUAUAUCCAUUGGGUUUUUACCUUCUCUCUUCUGGUUUGUCUCCUGUAAUUUUUUUUUCUCACCUGGCCAUGGGGUGUGGCUUAUAUAUCUGGAGCAGUGGCAGGAGAAGAUAAAUGAUGUGUUAGUGUUUAGAAAAGCAUGUGUUUAUUCCAUUUA